AUGGCUCGUCUCUUGCAAUCGCUGCGGCGAGUCCUGGGUUUAAAUUCAUAUCCAUCCACCCACGCACGAUCCAUCGACACUAACUUCUCCAUUCUCCGAGAGGGAGAUCGGGUCGUGCUGCACACAAAGCAGCCUCAAUUGACAAGACCCCUGCGCAAGGGCGACAAAACACCCGUCCGUCGGGGAUACGUGGAACACGAUCGCAUCAUCGGGAGCAGGGUCUGGGAUGCGAUCCAAACACACAAAGGCCCUGAUGUUCGGGUCAGCUUGCCGACGCUGGACGAAUACGUCGCUUUGACCCCUCGCCAGGUCACGCCGAUCUAUUCGCAUGACGGCAAUUUGAUUGUCUCCCUCCUCGAUAUUCACGUCACUCCUCCUGCCGCAGGCGAAACACAACCUCCGUUGGAAAUCCUCGAGUCCGGAACCGGCCAUGGAUCCUUGACUUUGCACCUCGCGCGCGCCAUCCACGCCGCCAACACCACACCACCUCCUCGGCCACCCAAAUCCCAGAUCCAAUACCUCGAAGGCCGGCCCAGGAGACCAGGCGAAGAAAAUACCGAAAAUAGCGCGGGGAACAAUGAGCCCGCACCGGACGCCGAUCCGGCGCAACACGACUGGGACGCAUGGCGGGCGCAGCGCAACGCCAUCAUCCACACGGUAGACGUCUCACCGAACUACUCAGCCCUGGCUGAGAAAAACGUGCGAAGCUUCCGGCGCGGGCUCUACGCCGGCAGUGUCGAUUUCUACGUGGGCCCCGUCGAGCACUGGAUCGCGCAACAGACGAAGCAGCGAACCAAGACCGGCGUGCUCUCUUCCCUGACUGGGAAAACCACCGUGGACCCCUUCGUGUCGCACGUACUCCUCGACAUGCCAUCAGCGGAGCUCCGCAUCCCCCAUGUUGCGCCGCUUCUGAAGCGAGACGGCUUCCUGGUCGUCUUCGCGCCGAGUGUCACGCAGAUCGGCGAUUGUCUGCAGCUGAUCCGCCGGCAGCGACUGCCCUUUGUGCAGGAAAAGGUGGUCGAGCUCGGCGCGGGACUGACUAGCGGCCGACUGUGGGAUGUCCGGUUUGCACUCAAGAAGUCCGGCGCGGAUCCGUCGUCUUGGGGCGCCUCAACGGACGCGGAUGACGCUGCUUCUGGUGCCGAGGCGGAUGAGGAAUCGUCUGGUGCUGUCGACAGUCCUCCCGAGAUCUCCUCCCCAGAGGAGACUCCCAAGGAAGAGGAUGCGGUAAUGGUCUGCCGACCUAAAGUUGGCGUGCGCACCCUAGGUGGAGGCUUCGUGGGGAUCUGGCGGCGCAUCGACUAUCUUCCUCGCCUUUGA